UCCUCGACGUUUCCGCCGCAAUUCGUCCAUUUUCACGUAAAUCGCACAUGGUGCUACACACACAAAAAAAAAAAAUCUAAAUUUUUACACCGAUUUUAGCGUCGACUAAAACACACUUGUUUUCGCCUGUUAAAUGCACGACACCGAGGAUAUGCCGGUUGGUGUGGAUUUCGACGAGGAGGAACCGUCGUUCAGUGACCCAGAAGACUUUGAAGAUGAUGUCGACGAUGAAGAGCUACUGGGUGACCUGCUGCGGGAGAAGCCCCAGGAGGCAGACGGGAUCGACUCUGUGGUUGUCGUGGACAAUGUGCCCCAGGUCGGCCCCGAGCGCCUGGAGAAACUGAAGAACGUCAUCCACAAGAUAUUCUCCAAGUUCGGCAAGAUCACCAACGAGUUCUACCCCACGGUAGACGGACCUGAAGGACUCACUAAGGGGUACAUCUUCCUGGAGUAUCCCACUCAGACCUACAUUCGCUAUCUCUUCAUCCCAUCUCAGGAUCGAUCCAUCCUGGGCGUGGCCUACGACAGCGAGCGAUGGCGGGUGGCUGGCCAAUGGGAGGAUCCGAGCGUGCGGAUUGGCUGGAUCCAUGGCCUGAGUAACAUGAUGCGCCACACACAGGCCUUCCACUUCCUGGAUCAGGCUGGCCUGACCAAACCCCUCCUCCAGCUACAGACUGACCCCAGCCUAUUCGUCGCCUCGGCCGCAAAUCACCUCCUGGCCCGCCUCCUAACCUUCCACCAGCCGGCUACAACCUCACACACAACCCAGGGGAAUGGCCUCACUGUUCCACCCAAUAAGGAAGAGGUAGAAUUGGACAUAACCAUGGAGACAAGUCCAGGAAGCGGGUGUUCCAUCACCAUGGAGAUCUUGAAGCACCUGGAGAUCUCUCUGGAGUCAGACAGCCACACCCAGGUGCUCCAGGGGCUGAGGCUGCUGGCCCUGACUCUCCCCGAGCUGGAGGCUCCUCUGCGGGGCUCGGUGAUCAGGCGAGUCCUGAGGCCUCUGGAGGGGUUGGUCCGAGAAGGCCGCAGAGCAGUCGCGCAGCCUCUAAUGGACGUCCUGCUGGCUACAUACAGGUCCGGUCCGUGUGACUCCAGACUCGUCUCUCUGAUGGCGUCCAUGUUGAACUCCCAGAAUCCCUCUGACGCUGCUCUGUGUGCCGCCGCCACCCUCCAUCCGGAGACCUGUCCUCCAGGCCUCAGACAGAAGAUCGUAGCUGUUCUGCUGGGACCUCUACAGAUGGUUACUGGAGUAACUCUGCUGGACUGGCCCAAUGACAGACACACUGAUCAACAGACUGACCACAGACACACUGAUCAACAGACUGACCACAGACACACUGAUCAACAGACCGAUAACAGACAGACUGACACUGACCAGGACAGACAGACGGAGGGUCGUAGCUCUCUCUCUCUCCUGCUGGAUCAUCUCAACCACAAACCCUCCUGUGUCUCUCUGCUCUGCGUCUCCGUGUCCAGCGCUCCCUACAUAACAGACAUGGAUUCAUCUGCCUCCGUCAUCCUUGCUGUGGUGUCACUCUGA